UUUCCAUUUGGCAACACGUCCGCCAGUUGUGGCACGCCGAGCCAGCCCAGCCCAGACACGACUACUCCCCAUCCCACACAACUUUGUUUGCCGACAGAAAGAAACAAAACAAGGAACAAUUAAUUAGACACAUUCAUCGCAUUUUUGGAGGUGAAGAGAUGAUGCUGGGGGUGUCCGGGACGACGGGCAGCAUUGCCAAUGCCUUGGCGAGUGCGGCCUGUGAGCGAUGCAAGAGUGGCUUUGCUCCCACAGAGAAGAUCGUCAACAGCAAUGGAGAACUGUACCAUGAGCAGUGCUUCGUGUGUGCCCAGUGUUUCCAGCAGUUUCCAGAAGGACUUUUCUACGAGUUUGAAGGCAGGAAAUACUGUGAACACGACUUCCAGAUGCUGUUUGCUCCUUGCUGCCGCCAGUGUGGCGAGUUCAUCAUCGGGCGCGUCAUUAAGGCCAUGAACAACAGUUGGCACCCUGACUGCUUCUGUUGUGACAUCUGUCAGGCUGUGUUGGCAGACGUGGGCUUCGUCAAGAACGCCGGCAGGCACCUGUGUCGCCCGUGCCAUAAUCGGGAAAAGGCCCGUGGCCUGGGGAAGUACAUCUGCCAGAAGUGCCAUGCCAUCAUCGAGGAGCAGCCGCUGAUCUUUAAAAAUGACCCUUACCACCCGGACCACUUUAACUGCAACAAUUGCGGGAAGGAACUGACAGCCGAAGCCAGGGAACUGAAAGGUGAACUCUUCUGCCUGCCCUGCCACGACAAGAUGGGGGUGCCUAUCUGCGGCGCUUGCAGGAGACCGAUCGAGGGCCGCGUUGUCAACGCCAUGGGCAAGCAGUGGCAUGUUGAGCAUUUUGUGUGCGCCAAGUGUGAGAAGCCUUUCCUGGGCCAUCGCCACUAUGAGAGAAAGGGCUUGGCCUACUGUGAGACUCACUACAACCAACUGUUCGGCGACGUGUGCUACCACUGCAACCGUGUGAUUGAGGGCGAUGUGGUGUCUGCCCUCAACAAGGCCUGGUGCGUCACCUGUUUCUCCUGCUCCACCUGCAACACCAAACUCACUCUCAAGAACAAGUUUGUGGAGUUUGACAUGAAGCCCGUUUGUAAAAAGUGCUAUGAGAAGUUUCCUCUGGAGCUGAAGAAAAGGCUGAAGAAGCUGGCCGAAGCUUUGGGACGCAAGUAGGCAACAACACAGGAGUUCCCACAAUGGUGCUUUUUAGUCAUGACAGUUCACUUUUUAAAAAUGAUAUAUAUAUUUACAUAUACUGUAUGUCUAUAUAUAUGUGUAUCUAUGCAUGUAUGUAUGUAUGUGUAUCUCUCUCUCUAUAUAUAUAUAUAUAUAUAUAUAUAUAUAUAUAUAUAUAUAUAUAUAUAUAUAUAUAUUAAUUACACCUUUACAGUCGUCCCUCGUUUAUUGAGUGUAAUUGGUCCCUGGCCUGACUGUGUAAAACAAUGUUUAUUAUUACUGAAUCUAAUAUUUUGAUAGAGCAGAUGUGUCCAAGAGUGUUCAGCGGUUUGUGGCACAUUUAAAGAAAAAAGUGGAAAAAAAUACAUAUCUUGCAGCUAUUUUUUUAAUUGCUUGCAGCACAUUUUAAAGACACUUUUACAAAAAAAAACAUACAAAGUGGAAAUUACAAAAAAAAAUACUGUUAAAAGGGAGAAGCAGUAGGAAAUGGAUGGAUGGAUUAAAAAAAACAAAAAAAAACAUUAAAUAACGGUGACUAUCUUUACCGAUCUCAACAACGUAAUAUAACUACUAGAAUUGGGAAUCUUUGAGUACGUCACGAUUCAGCUCUAUUUUUGAUUCUUGGGGUGACGAUUCCACUAAGAAUCGAUUCUCGAUUUAGACCGAUUCUCGCAUUGUAAUAUUCGGUAAAACAAUUGUAACAUUUUCAAAACAGGGUAAGUGCGGGGUCUUACACAGUCUUAAAACUAAACAUUUGAAUUUGAGGCUCUAAAAUGUGUAAAAUUCUCCUAAAAUCUCAUAAAUGGUCUUAAAUACGAGGUCUUACAAAUCUAUUAUUCUUAGUUUUAUUUAAACCAUGCAGAAACUUCAGUCUUGUUUUUGAAUUGUUCGAUUUUUGAGGACGCUCGAUCAUAACUGCAAAACAGAACUAAAGUAGGCUACCUGUGCUGCCCGGUCGGAAGUAAUCGCGCAUCACCUCAUGGUGUUUGCUAAUAUUGUUUUUUAAUUAUUUUACAAUAGAGAAUCUUCUAGUGUAUUUAGUUCGUAAAGCCAAUGUGAAAGAGCAGUGAAUAAAUUCAUAGACUUACAACUCAUACUGGCUCUCUGAUUAUUCCUUGUGCUAGUCUUUAUAGAUAUGAAAAUGGCCUUAAAAUAUGUUCAAUAUGGUCUUAAAAAAGUCUUAAAAAGUCUUAAAUGUGACUUGCCGAAACUUGCAGAGACCCUGGUUACAUGUAAACAACCUUCUUUUGUUUGCAGACGAGCGGUAUGACAUAUACGUGCUGCAAGUAAACAUAGGAAUGGCCUAAAAACGUCUUUCAAACCAGGGUUCCACAACCUUUUUUCCACCAGGGACUGGUUUAAUGUAGGCACUAUUUUCACGGACCUCCGUGUGACAGAUAAAAACAGCAAAAAAACGAGCAUGAUCAAUUUGCCUUUGUCUACAAUCUGGCACAUUAACAUGUUACAUGUCCAUUAAUGUGCACUGUCCCAUGUACUCUAACAAAGGACUUGUAAUAUACAUCUAUUAACAAGAUUAUUGGUGUAUUUAGUGGGAAAAGCUAGUGUUAAGUCACAGAAAAUGGUUGGGGACCACUGUUUAAAACAAUUGAUUCUUAAAAAUGCCUACAUGAAUAAUUUAAUUGAUCUAUGACAGCGAUUUAGAGUCAUAAUAAGUAGGCAUUGCGAUCCGGAUGACAAUUUUUUUUUUUAGUACCCUUAAAAAAUACUGCACUGUAUUGCAAGUAAGACUUAAUUUUAGACUAAAAUUCAGGACCAAUUAUAUGUGAAAUGUUUUUAAAAAAACGACAAUCCAGGGUAUACUGAAACCGCAAAAUUUGAAGAGCGAGGGGCGACUGUAUAGCUAUCGACACAUGCAUUCCCAAAGUGACCUUAAAGGCCUACUGAAACCCACUACUACCGACCACACAGUCUGAUAGUUUAUAUAUCAAUGAUGAAAUCUUAACAUAGCAACACAUGCCAAUACGGCCGGUUUAGUUUAUUAAAUUGCAAUUUUAAAUUUCCCGCGAGGUAUCCUCUUGAAAAUGUCGCGGAAUGAUGACGCUUAUGUUGACGCGUGCUUGUGACGUUAUUGGUUGGAGCGGACAUGUUCUCCCAGCACCACUCACGGCUUAAAGUAGUCUGUUUUUAUCGCAUAAUUACACAGUAUUUUGGACAUCUGUGUUGCUGAAUCUUUUGCAAUUUUUUCAAUUAAUAAUGGAGACUAUAAAGAAGAAUGCUGUUGGUGGAAAGCGGUGGAUUGCAGCUGCCUUUAGCAACCGAAACACAGCCGGUGUUUGUUUGUUUGUUGUGAAGCUUUAACAGAACGGUCAAGCGAACAUGUUUCUCUACGUCAUGGGUGUCAAACUCAAAUACAGAGUAGGCCAAAAUUUUAAACUGAACAAAGCCGCGGGCCGAGGUUGAACAAAUUCACCUGCAAAAUAGAGUUUGCAAUAAACAUAAUAAUAAUAAUUGAAAAAUAUCAAUGGCAUAUCAAAUUAUAUAUUGUAGCGUCCCAGAAGUGCUAGUGUUGCAAGGGGUUCUGAGUAUUUGUUCUGUUGUGUUUAUGUCGUGUUAUGGUGCGGAUGUUCUCCCGAAAUGUGUUUGUCAUUCUUGUUUGGUGUGGCUUCACAGUGUGGCGCAUAUUUGUAACAGCGUUAAAGUUGUUUAUUCAGCCACCCUGAGUGUGACCUGUUUAAGCAUGCCUUGCAUUAACUUAUGUGUGUGUAAAAUCCGCUUAUAUUGUGUGACAAUGUUUGUAUGUAGGAAAAGCGGACGUGAUGCAAGGUUGUAGAGAACGCUAAAAGAAGUGCCAUUAAAACACGCCACCAAUAUUGUUGUCAGGGUGGAAAUCGGGAGAAAUUUGGGAGAAUGGUUCCCCCGGGAGAUUUUCGGCCGGGUUGGCAAGUCAGAGUAUUAGCGGUGUUAGAGCAGCAUCACCGCUGUAUAAUACCGGCAGGCCAGCUCUAAUGUUUAAUUUGAUAUUGCCUCAAGGGCCAAAAUAAAUUACACGGGGGCCAGAGUUUGACACCCAUGCCCUACGUCAACCAGCAAGUUUUUGGAUGGGAAAAUUGUGAUAUUAAGUUGGCUCUUACCGGAGACUUGAGCGAAUUAUGCGACCACCUGCAGCAGCUGUCAAAAAGGCAGCUGUGAUCUUGGCUCCUCCAUUUUCCCUCAGAGACACUGGUGGUCACCGCAGCUCUCCGACUUUCAGGUAUGACUUUAUAAUCUCACUAAAACACUAUUAACACAAUAAGCAGAUAAGGGAUUUUCCAGAAUUAUACUAGUAAAUGUGUCUAAUAACAUUCCACUACCGUCGCCUUUUCUUUUUUUUUUUUUAGUGCUUCCCUUUAACUUUCCUCAUCCACAAAUCUUUCAUCCUCGCUUGGUCCGAUUCGCUCUUGCUGCUGGUGGCUAUGAUUAUAAACAAUGUUCAGAUGUGAGGAGCCCUACAACCCGUGACGUCACGCGCACAUCGUCUGCUACUUCCGGUACAGGAAAGGCUUUUUUAUUAGCGACCAAAAGUUGGGAACUUUAUCGUCGAUGUUCUGUACUAAAUCUUUUCAGCAAAAAUAUGGCAAUAUUGCGAAAUUAUCAAGUAUGACACAUAGAACGGACCUGCUAUCCCCGUUUAAAUAAGAAAAUCUCAUUUCAGUAGGCCUUUAACUUAAGUAUGUACUCAACUACAUUUAUCCUUGCGCUCUAAAAAUGAUCUUUCAGUGUGACUUAUUCUUGUGCCUUGACUGUAAUAACUGUGUCUUAAAUGUCAGCUAUGCUAACUUUAAAUGUGUAAACCAUUAAUGCCUGUCAAAUGGAGAGACCUAAAGCCACAUGUAUCAAAUCUCCUAUUUGGCUUCCAUACUAGAGAAAACUGCUUUUAAGGUACUAAGUGUAGCUAUUAUGGAACUAUAUGUCAAUGAAAUAAAGUCCGAAAGAACUGUUUCAAAAUGGUGCAAAA